UUCCUCGCCCCGCCGGCCGGCGCCGCCCCGCGCUGGUCUCCGCGGGCUGAUCGCAGCUUGGGCCGUGUCCCGCGGCGCCCAUGGCCGUGUGGGUGCCGGUGCUGCGGGUGCUGUGCGCCAGCGGCGGGAGCCUGGAGCAGGGCGAGCUGCGGCGGCGGCUGCCGGGCGGGGACGCGGCGGAGCGGCUGGAGCGGGCGCUGCAGGACUCGCACCGCUUCACGCUGUCGAGGCGUCCCGGCGAGGCUGGGGCGGAGGAGGUGGUGGUGGUGGUGGCCACCAGCCCCGUGCGGCUCUGCCAGCAGCACGGCGCGGGCUGCGAUGGGCGCUGCGGGCGGCUGCACCUCUGCAAGUACCACCUGAGGGGGUUGUGCCGCAACCAGCAGGCGAGGAAGGAAUGCAAGUUUGUUCACAACUUCCACUCGGACCACAAUCUCAAUGUUCUAAAACAAUAUGGACUUGAGACUUUAAACGGUAAUGAACUCCGCCAGCUUCUGCUUCAAAAUGACUCUUCCCUCUUACCAGAGGUCUGUUUGCAUUAUAACAAAGGUGAUGGACCUGAUGGAUCUUGCACCUAUAAAAAGAUCUGCACUAAACUGCAUGUCUGCCAGUACUUUUUGCGGGGACAGUGCAGAUUUGGCAGCAGCUGCAAGCGAUCCCAUGACUUAUUAAAGUCAGAAUGUUAUGAGAAACUGGAGAGACAGGGAUUGAGCUCAGACAUUAUUGAGAAACUACCCUCAAUCUAUAGGAAUAUGUAUGACAUAAAAUAUGGCAACACGAACAUGUGUGACAUGGAAGAUGCCAAGUCUUCGCAAUGUAAAGAGAGAAAACAGAGCUGUAGCCAGGAGUCCACAGCUGGAAGUGAUGAUGAAUUGGAACAGAUCUGUUUGUAUCAUCUAUACAGAAGUUGUUGCUUUAAAGACAAGUGUAUCAGGACUCAUUUUCACUUGCCGUAUAGAUGGCAGAUCUAUGAUGGUAAUACCUGGAAGGACUUGAAGAAUAUGGAAGAAAUAGAAAAAGCAUAUUGUGACCCCCAUAACACCAGAUUUAAUAACGCUGUUACUGAAAGUGGCUCUGCCUUGUCACAUAUCUCUUUUCGGGAUAUGUGCUGCGGGUUUGCAAAGGUUAGACGUCUUUCUACAGCCUCCUCUGUGACCAAACCCCCUCACUUCAUUCUUACAACAGAAUGGAUCUGGUACUGGAAAGAUGAAAAUGGCCUGUGGCUGGAGUAUGGAAGAAAAGAUGAUGUUCAUGCAGCUGCCACUGUGUCCAGUGAUGACCUGGAAAAAGCUUAUCUAGCCAAAAGUUCUACAAAGCUGAACUUCAAAGCUGGAAGACAUGAAUAUGAACUCAAUUUUGGAGCCAUGAUUCAGAAAAACCUUCGCUACACAACGGAGAGAAUGAUUUGCAGAAGACCUAAAUUUGUCUCUCAGACAGAGGUAGAAAAGACAAGAGCAAGGGGCUUUAAACAUACAGGAGAAUUUAAGGGCAUUCCUGCUCACUGGGACAAAACUGCCCUGCCUGAACAGGGAUUCAAGCUGAUUGAGCUUGACAGUUCUUCUGAAGAAUACAAGAAAGUCAAGCUGGACUUUCAACGCACAAUGCCCAAAACAGUUAUUAAAAGGAUUUCUAGGGUUCAGAACCUAUCUCUCUGGGAACUGUAUCAAUGGCAGAAGGAACAAAUGCAGAAGAGCAAUGGUGGAAGGGUUGUGGAUGAGCGAUUUUUAUUUCAUGGGACCAGUGGAAGAUACAUUGAUGCCAUCUGUCAUCAAAACUUUGACUGGAGGAUCUGUGGCCUUCAUGGGACAGUCUACGGCAAAGGAAGCUAUUUUGCAAGGGAUGCAUCUUAUUCUCACAACUACUGCAAGGAAGACUUCUUCACCAAGACCAUGUUUCAGGCACGGGUGCUGGUGGGGGAGUUCACUAUUGGGAGGUCUUCUUAUGUUCGGCCUCCCUUGAAGGACAAGCAAAACUUCUACGACAGUUGUGUUGAUAGCACUUCAAACCCUUCUAUCUUUGUCAUCUUUGAGAAGCAGCAGAUUUAUCCAGAGUAUCUCAUAGUCUAUGUUGAUUAGGUAUUAGCAAAACUACGCUAGCAGCAAAACCUGUCAUUACGUUUAGCUGGUAUGACCUUUUUUAGUAUUGACUUAAAAGGCAAAAAAGUAAUUUUUAGAAGCUGUGAAAUUGGGUAGGUGAGAGUUCAAGCAUUUAUUCUCUAUCCUUUCUGUCAAUGUAAAAUGAGGGGUUGUCUUGGUUUCAGCUGGGAUAGAGUUAAUUUUCUCCCUAGUAGCUGUUAUAGUGCUGUUUUUUGGAUGUAGUACAAGAAUAAUGUUGAUAACAUACCAAUGUUUUUAGUUUUUGCUAAGCAAUGCUUAUACUAAGUCAAGAACUUUUCAGCUUCCCAUGCUUUACAGGUGAGCAGGUGCACAAGAAGCUGGCAGGAAGCAUAGCCAGGACAGCUGACCCAAACUUACCAAAGGGAUAUUCCAGAUCAUGUGAUGUCACGCUCAGCAUAUAACUAGAAUAAGGGUUGGCUCAGAAUGGGCUAGGCAUUAGUCAGUCAGUGAGUGACGAGCAAUUGCAUUGUGCAUUACUUAUUUUGAAUAUUUGUUUAUUAUUAUCAUUGUAUCUUCCAUUGCUGUCCUAUUAAACUGUUCUUAUCUCAACCCGUGA